UAUGAUCUUCCACCCUACUACUUCUUUACUAAACUGUGAAUUGUAAACAGUGCAAUUCUUGUCUAAAAUAGAAUGUUUCAAAUUUAGACAUAAGUAUGGUAUUGAUGUAGUGAUGUUGCGCUGAUAAUUUAAAUCAUGUUUAUUUACUUCGCAAGUAUACAAGCAGAAUACUUAGAUAGUGCAUAAUAAUUUGUGUCUGGUUGGCACUUGAAAGUGAGGUUAAAGGAAACUGUGAAUUAAUGUGCUUUAAGUGAGUUGACUAAGUUCGCCGACUGAGUUAUCGUUAUUAUUGCCAUUAUUGCUGACUAAAAAGAUGCAUAACAAAUAUUCCAUUCUGUUGCCAACGUACAAUGAAGUACAAAAUCUACCAAUAAUAAUAUGGUUGAUAAUAAAAUACAUGGAUGAAAGUGGUUUUGAUUAUGAAAUUAUUGUCAUUGAUGAUGGAUCACCAGAUGGAACCCAAGAUGCAGCUCUGGCACUACAGAAGAUUUAUGGUGAAUCUAAGAUUAUACUUCGCCCCAGAGAAAAGAAACUUGGUUUGGGUACAGCAUACAUUCAUGGGAUAAAACAUGCAACUGGUAAUUUCAUUGUUAUCAUGGAUGCUGAUUUAAGUCAUCAUCCCAAAGCUAUUCCACAAUUUAUUGAAUUACAACAAAAAAACAACUAUGAUCUUGUUUCUGGAACAAGAUAUGUGGGAGACGGUGGUGUUUAUGGUUGGGACUUUAAGAGGAAGUUAGUAUCCAGAGGUGCUAACUUCCUCACUCAAUUAUUAUUGAGACCAGGUGCCAGUGACCUGACAGGUUCAUUUCGUUUGUACAAAAAAGAUGUUCUUCAAAAGUUGAUUGAUAAUUGUGUAUCCAAGGGGUAUGUUUUUCAAAUGGAGAUGAUUAUUCGCGCCAGACAGCUUAAUUAUACUAUUGGGGAAGUCCCAAUCACAUUUGUUGAUAGAGUUUAUGGUGAAUCAAAAUUGGGUGGGUCUGAGAUAUUUCAGUUUGCAAAGGCACUUUUAUAUUUGUUUGCUACUACUUAGGAAUAAUAUUAAUUGUGCAUUCCAAUAUUAUAUUUGUAAAGUACACUUAUCACUAUAGGCUGAAAUAAAAUAAUUUUGCUUAUACAAAACAGAA